AUGGCGGCUCCUGCGCACGAGCACUAUCGGCGGGACGCUGAGCUCCGGCCACAGCACUCGAGAGACAGUUCGAGGGAUUCCGGCAUCUUCCACACCACUAAAGGCCUGUGGAACGCUCCGGGCCUGAACAACUGCUUCCUGAACAGCGCCGUACAGCGAAAAAAUUUCCCGGGAAUCCGUGCAGAACGAUCCGCGACAGGCGUGAACUACGGGCACGCGCCAGGAAUGCGUGAAAUACUCGAAGCCUGUGACGGAACGGGACACAGCCUGGACGUUACGAAGAGAUUGCGGAUCCUCGCACUUGAUGGAUUACUGCGCUUUAAUGCGCGC